UUGCGAACUCGAUAGACAAUGCACAGUGAACCGUUUUCACAGUUAACUAGUACUUAUAGGCGACAUCUUCCUCAAGGACUGAUUCCAAAGGGCAGCAGGCAAACGGAAAUGACUUCAACUACCAUCAGACCUAGCGGCGUUUAAAUACGUAAGGUGCUUACAGCACGCCGUUUGUCUCAAGUUCCUCCACACUGCAACAUGCGACGCACAUAGUUCGGUCUACAAUAACGGGACAACUGCUGCGGCGCUGCCUGUAGGAAGAGGACACAAUUGGGCUGCGUUCACUGAGCUUACGGUCAAAGUUGAGCAUGUCUAUGCACUUUGAGGCCUCAAGCAGCGUCACGCUGCUAUUUGACUUCUGGGAUGUGCAUGGACCUGCAGGAAUGGUGCUGUCAGUCUUUGUGGUACUGCUGUUCACCAUUUUCUACGAGCUUCUCAAGGUGUGGAAGGUGGGGUUGAGUGAGCGCUCCCAGACCCCAUGUCCCCCUCCCUUCCCCUCCCCUCUCUCGCCUUCGGGGGCCUGUUUCCCCCCGCCACCAGCCUGCUUCUCUCCCCAGCUAGAGAGUCAUGACAGCAUCUCUGAAUUGGCCAGCAGCCCCUCCGAGUCCUCCCUCAACCCUGCUGACAGCGCCAGCACUGCCACCAACACUAGCCUGAACAGCUGGCUCGUGCAUGGGCUCCAGACCCUCCUCCACAUCGCGCAGGUCACGCUGGGCUACAUGCUCAUGCUCUGCGUCAUGACCUACAACGUCUGGAUCUUCCUGGGGGUCAUAGUGGGCUCAGUCCUUGGCUACUUCCUGGCCUUCCCUCUGCUGGGUAAAGUCUGAGAAAGACCAGGAGGUCUAGGCUCGGGAGAGCGAUGGAGGACAGAACUUACUGGAGAGAGUCUCCCAUACCCUUGUGUUAGACACUGUAAAAGACCCAUGUUGACUGCUGUUGGGUCUAGAGGACUGUGCAAUGUGAAGAGAGAGCGUGUUGGUGUCACAAGCUCCAGGAGCGCUGAGGUUAAUAUGGACGUGAGACGGAGAGGAAAUGAAAGGGUUAACCAGCUCUGUGUGUCCUCCUCAAGUGUUUUGGUUUUUACAAAAGAAACCCAUUUUUUGGAACCUGAAAUUGUCCAAAAACAUCUCAUGUACAUUCUGACUUCCAGUCGAAGUGAAGAGAGUAUGAUACUGCCAGUUGCUUGAAACGAUUUUUAGCCUGUACUGAAAUUUCACAGCCCUUUCGUAAGACUGUGAGUUCCUUUAUUACAGUGGUGUGGUGGCGUGUGACUUGAAUGUUGCAAUGCUGUAAACUUGGGCCCUUUGUCAGCUCUCUUCCCCUGCCUGGGAGGGGAAGCGCUGAAUGUGCUUGUCCUCAGAAUUACUUUACACAGAGCAAACGCACUGAGUGGCCUUAGUUAAUUAAUCACCAGCACUAACCUAAAAUGUUUGAAUCUGUUAACAAUCAGUGGAGAGGCUUGUGACUUUGGAAGUACUGAUAAUACUUCUGGGAUGACUGGCAGAGUUGGCUUGAUCAGACCAUUGGCGAGACUUUUUCUGUUUCUUUUUCCCAAAUGCCACUUGUCCUACUAGAGUUCUUUAUCUGUCUUGUAUAUCUGACCCUUCACCCUAAAUCACUGAGUAGAAAUAGAAUUGACCCACUCAAGCCAAAGGCAUACUACUGUACCCUUUUGGAUAAGUAAGUCUUCAGUACACUCCCAAUCUCAUUUUACUUAUCACUAAGCCUUUCCAAGUCCCUAAACCUGAAGUCUGUUUAAAUAACAUGCCCUGUAUUUUGUGACAGCUCCAGUGAUUACCCUGACACAGCGUCACCACGAUAACAGCUAGUACCAUUUGGUGACUUGCUGUUGUCACUGGCUUUUGCGAUUUUUUUUUUACUUACUUGUUUUUGUGGUUUGCUGUGAAUAAACUGAAAUGACUACAGUUGUAGUUUGCCUCCCUCUCAGAUCUGAUGCUCAUCAUUUUCCCCAUGUCUGAAGGAUGGCCAUAAAUGCCAGGUCAUUUUAUGAUCUGUUUAUAUUUCUACUGCCAAGUCCUUACAAAUAAAUGACAGUGGUAUAGAGUAUA